CGUUUGAGGAGUGGAGUGUCUGGUACUGAACAACCAAAAGUCCAAUAUGAAACUGCUCAGGACCGAGUGCAAGUCACAGAAUCACCAUGAUGCUUCAGAGGCUUUUCAGGUUCUCCUCUCUCAUUUGGUCUGCAGUCUCAGUUCAUUUGAGGAGCAACAUUGGUGUUACCACAGUGGCAUUUAAAAAGGAACUUGAUCCUGUACAGAAACUCAUCGUGGACAAGAUUAGAGAAUACAGAACUAAGCUACAGGCAUCAGGAGGACCCGUUGAUACUGGCCCAGAGCACCAGCAAGACCUAGAGAGGGAGCUUUUGAAGCUUAAGCAAACGUAUGGUAAAGCAGACAUGAAUACGUUCUCAGACUUCACAUUUGAAGAUCCUAAAUAAAUCUGAAGUCAUCAAGAAGCCCCAG